GUGAUCGAUCCCAAGUAGAUAUAUUAAUGUAUUCAAAUCAGUUUUCAAAAGACUUAUCACGUUAUCCGGUCCAUCGGUAUGGUUGACGAAAAGUGCGCGCAUAAAUGAACGUAAAUUGGUACAAAUUUGCAUUGAGUUUCGACCCAAGUCCUUUAACAGUGUGUUAUUAUAAUUAUUAUUCAUUCAACAUGAUUUCGAUUAAGUACGAUGAAGACGAGAUUUAUCGAUAAAGUCUGGCCCGUUAAAAUUUCAGGUAGAAACGCCGGUGACACCGUGCCGUAGCAGAGUCCUAAAACCGUCAUAUUCGAACAGCCGGUGUUCGUCGGAAAAUCGGUCGAUUGGAAGUCUGCAAACGCUACGGUCUCGGGAAACUCGUGGAGAAUUCGUCUAAAAUGUUUUCGUCAGUUUUCGACCGGUUUCGAUCAUACGACAGACCUUCAAAUACGGUUUACGAAAACCCGGUCGGAAGUGUGGAAAUACCGACUUGUGGCGGUUUCGUGGUACCGGGUGGCGAUGUAAUAACCAUUGGCGGCCGUUUAGAAUUUUGUUAGCUUUCCAAAAAGUUCAAAGCCAGAUUUUUACCACCAUUUCCCGUUGAGAUAUUGUGAAAAAUGAUUGUACAACCGUACCUUGGAGGACGACGCGAAUCACGCUGGUUUACUAGUUGGUACGGUGCACUGUAUAUAUUUACACGUUUCUGAACACGUUCGGUAUCACAGCAGCGAACAGUCGAGUUAUCCGUCGUUUGAAAAUUUUACUCGAACAGUUUCAUCAUCAACAUGACAGACACCGUUGCUACAACUCCGGCUCCAGUCGCCGCAUCGCCGGCCGCGAAGAAGUCUCCUGCCAAGAAGAAGUUGUCGGCUUCUAAAGUCAAGAAGACCGUUGCGUUGCACCCGACCACCGCCGUGAUGGUCACCUCGGCCAUCAAAGAGCUCAAGGAGAAGAAAGGUUCGUCGUUGCCAGCCAUCAAGAAAUACUUGGCCGCCAACUACAAAGUCGAUCCCGCCAAGUUGGCGCCUUUCAUCAGGAAGUUUUUGAAAGCCGCCGUCGCCAACGGUACCGUCGUCCAGACCAAGGGAACCGGCGCUUCGGGACACUUCAAGUUGCCCGUCGCCGAGGUCAAGCCGAAAAAGGCCGUAGUAGCCAAAAAGAAGAAAUCGAUCGUCAAAAAAGUAAAAGCCGCCGGAACACCGAAGAAGAAGAAGCUCGUAGCCGCCAAGAAACCCGCGGCGGGCGAACCAGCAGCCAAAAAAGCGAAAAAGGCCGCUGCAACCAAGCCCAAGGCGACUACACCGAAAAAGGCCGCAGCCAAGGCGAAAAAGCCGGCCGCUGUCAAACCCAAAUCGAAGAAAACUCCAAUCAAAAAAACCGCAGCUCCCAAAAAGAAGUAGAGGAUGGGUGGUAAAAUACUUUCCUCUUCCUUCAGUUAAAACGGUCCUUUUCAGGACCACCAAUUUCA